GUUUUCCGAGUCCCAGUCCCAAGUCCAAGUCCAUCCCAUUUCACAACUUUUUUUUUUAUAACUCACCGCCGUAGUUAAACUACAUAACACGUUCACUUUGUCACUUUCUCUUUUUUAUUCCCCUGUAUUUCGUAUUAAAUUUAUUCUCGCGAAAGGGACGAAGGAAAAAAAGUUGUGGUUUAUUAUCCGACAAGUUUGCCACUGAAUCAGCUGUCCUUGAAAUUCACCAGGACAGCUAAGCUUACACUACAUCGACCACACCUUUCGUUUCCCGGCUGUACUGUACUUGUCUAACAUAUAAUACUCUCUUCUUAUUCGUAUUGUUCCCGUACAGUAUUGUAUAGUACUCAACAUAAUCGGCGCACGACCUUCCGUCAUUGGUUUAGCUCCUCCCGACCUAUUCGUAUAACCUGCGACUUUUUACAAUCUACGCGGACUCGAGAGUUACUCCAACAUCGCCGACACCUCUUCAUCCUCGAGGCACUUCGUGCUGUCAUCAAUCAUUCAUUGACCCUAUUUGUAAUUCGACCCGCCUAGUAAAACUUACCUAGGGAGCGCCCGUUGCGGCUUCGGUUCACCAUGGAUAUCUCUUCUAGUCAUUCGACCCUCACCACUAUUGGCGGAUGGGCGGUCAUUCUCGGAGUUAGCGGAAUUCUAUGGUACCGAAGUCAAGCAAAGAAGAGAGGGGUUGAACAGCGUCGUGGUUCAUUCACCAAACAAACAGGAAGACAAAAUGACGCCGAAUUAGCAAACGAUGCUAAGAAGAAGACGGAGAAAGCUGUGAAGCCCAAACCGAAGCCAAAGGCUCCGACCGAAACGUCGAGCGAAACAGUUACACCAACUGUUAAUUACAAUAAAGAGCAGGACGAGGCUGCUGAUAAGAAGGCCGAUCGAGAAUUCGCGCGUCAAUUAUCCAGCGCCCACGCGGGAACUAAAUUUAGCACAAAGAAAUCAGACGAGAAGAAGCAAAAGUCUGUCAAGCAGUCUAAGGCUCAAGAAAUUUCUGACGUGUCAGGUGGGAAGGUAUCUGUCGCUUCGUCCCACGCGGGUGAUGCCGAUGAUGAUCUAUCAUCUCAAGCAUCCCCUGUUGUCGGCGCUGCUGAUAGCAAGGAUGUAUCUGACAUGCUUGAACCUGUUCCUGCCGGCCCUUCCGUCCUUCGCGUUACUGACGUCGAGUCCGUGAAGAAGCCCAAGGAGCGCAAGCAAAAGGCACCCGAAGUCGUCGAAUCCAAGAAGCAGCGCCAGAACCGAAAGAAGGCGGAGGCUGCCAAGGCCGCCCGUGAAGAGGAGGAGAAAGAGCGCAAGGUUAAGAUGGAACAGCAGCGACGAACUGCUCGCAUCGCCGAAGGACGUGCUGCCAAGGAUGGCUCUGCCUCCGCGGCCAACAGCCAGAACGCCUGGAACGGAAAAGCCACCAAUGGUAACAACACCGUUCAGCCUCUAGAUACCUUUGAGCAGAAGCCAAAGGCUGAGGCCGCCAAGCAGAGCACCAAGAGUGCUACCGAAGCUCCCAAGGAGAAGGCCGACCCCUGGGUAGCCGGUGUGCCAUCAGAGGAGGAGCAAAUGGAGUUGCUUCGACAAGAGGACUCUUGGAGUGAAGUCAAGACCAAGAAGAAGGGCAAGAAGAAGGAUACUACUACCGAAACGUCCACCCCGGCUACAAAUGGUAGUAGCGUCACAACCGCCCCCACAGUUAAGGCGCCUGCUCCGGUCAAUGGCGCCAAGAAGCCGAUCUUGACCAGCAGCAGCUCUUCCUUUGCUGCCCUUACUCCUGAGGAGACAGCCGAUAACGAGGAAGAGGAGUGGGAUGUAUGAUAAGUUGAAGUUACCUGUCUUUCGGCGCUUUGACACCGGCUCAUUCUACUUCUUUAUACAUUUUAUCCCCCCGUGAAUAUUGCAUAGAAUCCCGCUACAAUCAUCAUUUCCUCUCUUCGACGGUCGACCUCCCUGUUGUACAGUACUCUCCGCAUCGCACCGAACAACCACCAUCACUACCACACACUACGGAUAUGGACAUCAAGCAUUUGUGUCACAAAAAACUAUUUAGGGCUUGGAAUUGGAUUGGGCAAGGGGGAGGACAACUUUUGCUGGAACGCUCGAUCGAAUACAGAUUUGGCAGCCCUCUGCUUGCUUUGUAUCAACGACUACGUUUUUUUUUUCUUCUGCACUGAUUACGGCCAAUGUUCGCAUGGACGCUUAGCAUGAACAAUUGCUUGCGGUCCGGAUGUUGCGCUAAUCCAAAUGUUCUCAUGUCCGCGAUUGUCGGACGGCGGAUGAUGGGCCCCCUGUUUUCUUUUUACCUAGGAGUAGCUAUGUGAUCAGUGUAGCUCAAUGGAUGCGAAUAUUUUCCUUUACUGUGCCUGUCUGCUCUAAUGACAGUAUGAUGAUUUCAAAUGAUUGUGUUUAAACGAGAUGUGAAUAUGACCUAUGUGCUUGUCCUAGAUGUAGUUGAAGCGGUGACGAACUAGAUCAAAGGAUUCAACAAUUGCUAAAGCCAGCAGGCACAGAAAGCUUCAUAUAUAUCGAC